UGUUUGCACCAAAGCAGCCAAACUCCUGACGUGCAGGGAGAGCACCCAUGGCUGCAAAGGGCCCUUCGUUCACUCACCCUAAGGUGCUGUCCCUUCCGCACCCAGUGUCCCAGCUGGCCAAUCCCCAGGCCCUGUCUGUGCGCGGAACCUCUAAGCCUGGCGGGAGAAUAGAGGAUCCUCAUUCACUAAAAGGAAUCAACAGAAAAGAAAAUGAUUUAGACAAGAACCUGGGGGCCAUCACUAGCCACGGGCUCAGUAACUGGGAGCAGCUGGACCGCUGGGCAAAUCUUGAUGGGAACAGCUGGGAGAAUGGAAGAAAGGAAGAAGGAGUUGUUUUCCAUUCGGACACCUCUCGGAUCCACCGCCAGGCGGAAGAGCUGCAGUAUCAGCUGUUUGACAAGUUAAACUCCGGAGGGUUCUACCGGCUCAAAUCCCUGUUCUGGAGCAACGACCCCGAAGGUCGAGGGAGAGUGAAAAGGGACGCCUUGCUGGGGACAGUGACAGCCUUCCUGGGCCGAUAUAUCAGCGAACAGCUCUUUCAGUGCCUCCUCCAGCGGUUACAUCUGGGGGACCGGCAAGUAAUAACCUUUGAUGCUUUCUAUGAUCGAUUCAAGAAGGAAGAGAACAGAGACCCCCCGGAAUGGCUGGACCCCCACAGGAGGAAACACAAAGCCACUCUGAAGGCUGCACAUCACGUUCAUCUAGAACUCAGGGACAUGGCAAAUAACAGGCACUUUGAACUCGCCCGCCAUUUCUCGAAGGGGGCUCUGAAUGCAUCGGAAUUCCGCGCGGUUCUGUCCAAACUGGGCCUGGAGAUGACGGACGCUGAGUUUCCCAAGCUCUGGAACAGAUAUGUGAGAGACGGUGGGGCGGCUCUGGGAAUGGAAGAAUUGCUGCGCCGUUUGGGAGACAAGGACCUAAAGCCUCUGGGGAACCAGCCCAGCCCUUUGCUGACGGCGCUAGAGAAGCUCUCUGGGACCGAACCGGCCCAACUACCAAAAACAAGCAGAGCGGCUCUGACCCACGCGGGGAGGGACAGGAACGUAUCUCUGAGCAUAGAGAAAUGGCUGAAGGAGAAGUUCAGGGAAGGAGCCCGAGCAAUGAUGGCCGAGUUCCUGCUCUGUGACCCACAGAAGAUUGGGAAGGUAACCAAAGAAGACUUUCUUAUUGUCUUGGGGAAGUUUCAUCUGCAACUUUCGAGCGACCAACUUGGCCGUUUCCUUGCCCGCUGCGGGCUCGACGAGGGGUCGGCCAACGUGAAUUAUGUGGAGUUUGUUCAGUUUGCGCAGUGCCGGGGCAAGAACGGAGCGGCCAAUCGGGUCUCAGUACAAAGGGGCAGGAAGGCAAAUUCGCUGAGGUCGCAGGGGACGUUCGUGGCUUUAGAAGAGAAACUGGAGAAGAUUUUCCACUCGGAUUUCCAAGUUCUGCUCAGUUUGUUCCAGUCUGCCGAUUCCAAGAAGCAGAACGCCGUCAGUCCGUGGGAAUUCCGAUCCAUCCUGCAGGAGCGGUUCUCCAUACAAAUCACAGAUGAAGACUUUGAACAUUUGUUGGGGAAAUUACCAGUCGAUCAGCACGGGGGGGUCAAAUACUUGGACUUUAUGGCCAAAUUCGACUGCAGCGGCAAAAGCCUGAGCCCUUGUGAUGAGGCCAAGACGGUGGUGACAGAAAUCAGCAGGAAACCCCGGGCUGCAACACCGAUGGGGGAUCGAAAAGAGAGAAGCGCCGAGCAGGUAGCGGAACUGAUAAAGCAGCAGGUCAGAACCAACUAUGGAUCCAUAGAGGCCGCAUUCAGGCAAAUGGACCGGAUGAACACCAAUCGGCUGAGCGCAGAGGGCGUGUACCAACUUCUGAAAGGGUGCGACAUUCACCCCCCACUCUCCAGGGAGGAAGCAGCAAAGCUCUGGAAAACUCUGAUUCUCAAUCGGGAUCAAACGCUGAAUUUCUCCCAAUUUAUUCGCCACUUUGGAUUCUCCGCAAAAAUCUCCUCCUUCCCCAACGCCAAAAUCUGCCCCCCGGUGGCAGGAGAUGGCGACUUCUGGGUCCGAUCCAAGAAACUGAAUUCUGAUACCAAGAUCAUCGCCAACAUCCUGCAGUCAAAGGUGGAAUUUCUUGUUGAUGACAUUCGGACCAACUUCAAGGAACUGGACCCCCUCGGUACCGGCUGUGUUACUAGAGAAGAAUUUGUGGACCUUCUGCAAGACCUGAACCCAGAUCUGACCCAGCACCAAUGCGACACAUUUGCUGAUAAAUUCUCCACCGGGCAGAACAGGAUCUCCUAUGUACAAUUUCUCCAGCCGUAUGAAGCCGGAAGGUCGAGCUUUAAAGAAAAUCAGGGUGAGGCGCCCAAACGGGAGAACAAUGGCGACCCCCGCGGUGAGGCGGUCCAACACGGUCUGAUGUCAGUCACCGCCAUGUUACGGCAAAAGCUCUCAGCCGUUCAUUGGCGGAACCUACACGGGGCCUGCCAGAAGUUGGACAGAACCGGGACUGGACUCCUGCACUUGCGCGAGUUCCGAUCCGUACUCAAACUGUGCAACAUCGUUCUGGAUGAGGAUGAGAUUCUGCACAUUAUGUCCCACUACGAUACGGACCUGCCCGGGAAACUGGACUACGGCCGCCUGGUGUCGGAUCACAAAAGGAGCAGCCAGAAAGGCUGAGAUUGCGCUAAAUGGGCUAAUAGGUUCAAAAUACCAAGGUACCGGCCCAUUCAUGGCAAUGGAAACUUAUUCUCUACUGCAGAAUUCAGAUCUGCUGUUUGCAACUGUGCAGUUCCUUCUAGACUGUUCCACUUCUGCCUUUAAUAAAAUCUACAGAGCGAUC